AUGGCCAUCCAGUUGCCAAACCCCAUUGAUGCCCCUCGCGUGAACGGGCACGCCAAGUCGCGUCCGGGCGUCGCGGAGCUCGACCCUUCUAGACUCAAUGUCACAGUGACUCAGUCGCCGAAGUCGAUUCCUCCGGUAGAAACGCUCAAGUUCGGUCAGACAAUGACCGACCACAUGUUGAUUGCAAGUUACGACCCUGAGCAUGGCUGGUCCGACCCCGAGAUCAAGCCGUACGGACCAAUCUGCCUCGACCCAGCGAGUUCUUGCUUCCAGUACAGCACAAACGUCUUCGAGGGAAUGAAGGCUUAUGUUGGACCGGACGGCGAAGUGAGAUUGUUCAGGCCAGAUCUGAACAUGGCGCGCAUGCGCCGAUCCGCAGGUCGCGUCGCUCUUCCCCCCUUCGACACAGACGCCCUGCUCACCCUCAUUCAGCGCCUGGUGCAACUGGAGUCGCGCUGGAUACCCAACAUCCAAGGCUACAGCCUUUACCUCCGACCCACCAUUAUCGGUACCCGACCUAACCUCGGUGUCACCGCGUCCGACCACGCCCUCCUCUACGUCAUCUGCUCUCCCGCAGGACCGUACUUCGGCGCGGGCUCCGCCCGCCAAAUUUCCCUGCUCGCGAACGUCGACGUCGUGCGCUCCUGGCCGGGCGGCACGGGUGGCUACAAGCUCGCGCUGAACUACGCGCCGACGCUCAAGCCGCAGCAGUCCGCGGAGCUGCAGGGCUACAACCAGGUGCUCUGGCUGCUCGACGGGAAGGUCACCGAGGCGGGCGCGAUGAACUUCUUCGCGGUGGUCAAGCAGGACGAGAACAACUGGGACGUCAUCACGCCUCCUCUGGACGGGACGAUCCUCCCAGGUGUCACGCGCGACUCGUGCAUCGCGCUCUCAGCCGCGCAUCCCUCGCGCACGACGCUCCCCCACCUCCCCGAGACGCUGCACCUGCACGCACACGAGCGCACGCUCACUAUGAGCGACCUUAAGCAGUGGCACGCAGAGGGUCGGCUGUUGGAGGCGUUCACGGUCGGCACUGCCGUCGUCGUUACGGGCGUCGGGCGGAUAGGCUACGACCGCACGGAUAUCGUCCUCCCGGAGCACGCGUGCGGCCGCGGCCCCGUCGCGCGCGCGCUGUAUGAGCGGAUCGUCGAGAUCCAGGAGGGCAAGUUCGAGUGGGAGGGCUGGUCGGUCGUGUGUAAGACUGCGAAUGCUUGA